AUGGUAAACAACCAGAUGCAACCUAUGGGCGCAUUACAGCCUGGUUUUCCUAAUCUUAAUAUGAUACCAAAAGACCACAAACUUCUGGUGGUAGAUAUAAAAGACUGCUUCUUUUCCAUACCACUAGCCCCGGCAGAUCGUCAGCGUUUUGCCUUUACAUUGCCUGUUCUCAACAAUGCUCAGCCAACGGAACGCUACCAAUGGGUUGUAUUGCCACAAGGUAUGAGAAAUUCUCCAACUUUAUGCCAGCACUUUGUCAAUUUAGCCCUAAAACCUUUUCGCCAGCGCCACCUAGAGGUUAUUUGUUGUCAUUACAUGGAUGAUAUCCUUGUGGCUGCACAGGACAUAUCAAUGGAAUUAUUAAAAGACCUUACAUCUGCCCUCACAGAUUUUGGACUGUGUAUUGCCCCAGAUAAGGUUCAGCAAACUUUGCCUAUGUUAUAUCUUGGACAUAAAUUGACACAACAAGCUGCCAUUCCGGUUGUUCCCCAAUUGUCUUUUCCUGCCCGCCUACGGCUGGUUGACCUUCAACAACUUUUGGGACACCUGAAUUGGAUUAAGAAUUACCUUAAUCUGCCUACUAGCACCUUGUCACCAUUGUUUUCUGCCUUACAAGGACACAAACUACCCGGAGAAGUCAUCCCAGUUACAGAAGAAAUGCUACAAGCCUUACAACAGGUUAAUGCUUUAUUAAGAGACCGAAUGGUGGAUCGCAUAGACACUCUGCACAAUGUGCAGUUAUCCUUGGCAAUUUUUUCCACACCUUUGCUGCCUACAGCCAUUCUCUACUCACAGAAAUCGGCUGCCCCCUCGGGUGUCAGCAUUGUGGAAUGGAUCCACCUUCCGCAUACUCCACCGCGUAACAUUUAUUCCUCUCCAGCGGCUGUAAUGGAUUUGGUAAUUAAGGGCACGCUCGAGCAAAAGCCCUCUCUGGACUGGACGUUGAAAAAAUUUACCUGCCUUUUUCACUCACAGAAACACAACACCUGAUUUCCACCUCCGUGGCUACUCAAGUAGCACUUGUGGAUUUUUUGGGAACCAUCACGCAUAAUCCCCCCUCUGAUCCACGCCUGUCUUUUCUUUCUCAAACUGUCUAUACUUUAAAAACUGCUCUUUCUCCAACCCCCAUCCCCUCUGCCCUUACCCUUUUCACUGAUGGGUCAAAAACGCGGGGGGUGGUAGCAUGGGAAGAGGGUGGAAAAUGGAAAACUGAAUUUACUGAGCAACAGAGGUCCGCCCAGCGGGCUGAACUUGCUGCAGUAAUCCUUGCCUUUCAACUCUUUCCUGACAAACCUUUUAAUUUGCUUGUUGAUACGCAAUAUGUGUAUCGCCUUCUGUCUUCCCUGCCUGUUUCUUAUAUCACGCCUGCGUUAGAUGCUGAUUUGUUUGUUCUUUUUCUACCUUGCAGUAUCUUAUUCAAGAACGCCGUCAUCCUUUUUAUGUUGCACACCUUCGUUCCCACACCAAUCACCCAGGGUUUUGGCUCAGGGAAAUGCCGUGGCAGACGCUGCACUGCGAUCUGAAGUGUUUUCCUUGUUUUCUGACCCUAUUCUCUCUCAUUCUACCUUUCACCAGCCUGCUAAAGUUUUGGCAAAAAUGUUUAAAAUCCCUAUUGCACAGGCACGAGACAUUGUCUCUCAAUGUUCUACCUGUUCUAAAGCUCGAACCAUGAUUCCUUUUGAUGCGGUGAACCCUAGGGGUACGUCCCCUCUUGCGGUUUGGCAGAUGGAUGUUACUCACACCCCUCUGCUCGCCCCAUUUUCAAAAGUUCACCUGACAGUGGACACCUCAUCUGGAUUUAUCUGGGCCACCCCAUUGAAGGGUGAGACCGCUCGUCACGUCAUUCAGCACACCCUGCGCUGUUUUGCUGUGAUGGGUAAGCCACAAAGCAUUAAAACGGAUAAUGGCCCAGCCUAUAUCUCCUCUCAGUUUUCAUCCUUUUGUGAUUUAUGGAAUGUGAAAUUAAUCCAUGGUUUGCCUUUUAAUUCAACAGGACAGGCGAUUGUGGAGAGGGCGCACUUGACCUUCAAGACACUGCUGUCCAAACAACUUGGAGGUCGAAAUGCCCCCUCCGCCGAGAUUCCUUCAAUCGUGCAUACUGUUUUAUUCACUCUUAACCAUCUUUUGUAUCCCCAUAAUAGGGAAUAUACACCGGCUGAGAUUCAUUUUCGAAAAGCAGAGCCUUUGGCUCGACCUCUUGUAUCUUACAGACAGCUACCUGAUCCAACAUGGCAUGGUCCUGUGCCACUCAUCUCCUGGGGACGCGGCUACGCGGCAGUGGACCUGGAUGGACGGCCUACCUGGUUACCAGCGCGCUGUGUGCGACCCUGGCGAGCUUCUGCCUCGGAAGUGAAAGCAGCAACGAGCCAUACUUCACCCUCUCUGGCGGACGUCGCCUUCCUGCAGCCCUGA